GUGGAGGCAAUUGUACGCGGGGCGCCGUAGAUAGCGCGCGCGCAAAAACGUACGAGUGCGAGCGUUCGCCGAACGGAGACCGAUAAGCGGAACACAGGGUUUUUAGACGCGUAUUCGGGUCAUUUGUCGCCUGCCGUUUCAUGUCGUUUUACCGUUGACGCGCAUCUGCCCGCUAACGCUUCGUUAUGGUCUUCGUCGCGUAAACGUUGUUGAGGUUCCGCUGCCGUUGUCGUCAUACACGCCGCUAACAGCUGCUGCUGCUGCUGUUACUCCCUAGCCGGGGACGCAUAGUGCGACGGCGGAAACUCACUCGUUUCCCGCUCUGUCCGGUCGAACCGUUGCCGGCGUCAUCACAAUUUCGUCCCGUGCGCCCGUGCGCCCGCCGACCCACCUCAGAUGGCUCCGACGUCCAGCUCCUAUCGCACGUCGAAUGGCGGUGACAAGUUCUCCGUUGGACAAAUUGUAUGGUGUCUCUGGAUGGGAAGGUAUUAUAAGGCUAGAAUAUUGCAAAAAGUGGUGCGGUAUCCAAACUUUCAACGUUAUUAUAUGGUUCAUUAUAUAAAGUUUUCAAGAAGUUGGGAUUCUGGUGUUGCUGAAAGCAGGUUAUUGUCCUGCACUAAAGAAAACAAUAAAAGCGUUCAAAAGUCAAAUCUCAAACUCUGGCAUGAGAUAAAAGAAAGACGUAAAAUGGAAAAAGAAAAACUUGAAUUGACCAAUGAACUUGAAAAACCCUUGGAAUUGCAGAGGCAACCACGUGUAGAUCUCUGUCGUUUGAGUUAUCCUAUGACAAGAGAUACUUUGAUAUAUGGUGACAAAUGCAAUAGAAUACUAUUGAAACAGAAAUCUCAAACUAUAGAAAAAUUAAAAGAUGGCAAAAAAUCAGCUUCAAAAAAUACUGUUGCAAACAAAGGAUCUGCCAAAAAAAAAAUGAUCAAGAAUAUCAUGAAGGUCCCACAACAUCAAGAAGUUCAAAUCAUAGUCUUACUAAAAAAGUUCAAAGAUGGUCAUUGGUCAACUAAUAGUGUAUCAAGAGAAAAUUUAGUAAAAAGUUCAAUUUUGCUGCAACAGUUUGAAAAUGGAGAAUGCGACAACAAUGAUAUUAAUAUUUUGUUUGACAAAAAGGAUAUUGUAGACUGCAAUCAACAAGCAUAUUCAUCUAAUGAUAAUCCUACUGAAAUUGAAAUAAAUUCUGUAACAUCUGUAGCAAUUCAAUCAAGAAUUAAAGAAAAAAUUAAUAACGAAAAUAGUGACAUAACCAAAGUGAAUGGAGAAAAUAAAUGUCCUACAUUGAAUGAAAAAAAUCGAAAUGAAAAUAUACUUAAUGUGGAAACUACAUCUGAAAUCAUGAAUACUGAGAUGAAAUCAUGCAAUGAAACAAAUAUUUCAAAUU